CAUAAACUUGUGUUUAUUUUCUUUCCAAUUUUCUCUUAAAUUAAUUUAGACGUUAAAUACAAUGGCUUUUGCAGCAAUUUUCCUAUUUAUUCUUUUUGCUUCUCCUAUAAUGUGUUAUGGCAAGGAUCACAUUGUUGGAGGCAGCGAUGGGUGGAGUCAAUCUGGAGAUUAUUCCACUUGGGCAUCUACUCAAACUUUCAUUGUUGGAGACAACCUUGUGUUUAACUAUGGUGGAAGUCAUGGCGUGAACGUAGUAAGUAAAGAUGAUUAUGACAAUUGCAACACUGGAAAUGCUCUCCUAUCUUAUACUGGUGGACAGAAUAGCAUACCCCUCUCAAGUGCAGGUGACAUGUAUUUUGUUUGUCCUACACUUAAUCACUGUGACACUGGCAUGAAAUUGGCAAUCAAAGUUGAAGGAACUUCCUCUGCCACAACACCUGCAACUCCCUAUGGCACAAAGUCUAUGCCACAUAAUGCUGCCUCUGGUACAUUUGGCACUAUGAGCAAAAUGGUUUUUGGAUUUUCACUUGCCUUGUUUGUAUUCAUGGGCUAGGAGAGAGGCAGUGCUAUAUAUGAAUUCGAUUUCCUUUUUUUUAUGUUCCA